CAUUUUCAAAAACACUUACAACUCUCCCUUGUUCCACUUCACUUACCUUAGCUUAAACCUUGGCUAAAAACCCAAACUUUUCAACUCCAAAAUGGUUUCUUUCUUAUCUAAAUCCUUCCAAUUUUGUAUUUUCUUUAAUAUUUCAUAUUAAAGAGUUAAUUUUCAUAUCAUAACACCAAUACCCACCAAGUAAAUUAGUGUUCUUUUUUAUGAUCUGUGCAGCUAGUUUAGUUUAAAUGGCAUCUUUAUCAAGAACUUGGCUUUAUCAAGAUAGGGGACUGAGAUGUUCACUUUAUCCUGAUAGAUUGGUCAGUGGCAGGUCAAGUUUCAAUCAUUUGCAGACACCGUUUGUAGGUUCAUUCGCAGCUGGAAUAUUGCAAGUUCAAUUCAGCUCUAAACCAAUUCUCAAGGAUAUAUUGGUUCCUUGUAUAAAGUGUGAGAAGAAAGAUGAUGAUUACACUGAGCAUGUGUCUGUUGAGCGUCCUCCCUACCAUAGUUAUAUGGACCCCUCAUCUGGGAGACUUGAACCGGCUUCUGGUGCUCGUGCUAGUAUUCCGGGACAAGAUUACUGGCCAGAAGGCACUGCAGACCGAGUUAGGAUUGCUAGAGCUCCUGAACCAACAGGUGUAUCGUCAGGAUCUCCUUCUUAUGGUGAAAAGCCUGGGAGUAGGAGGAAGAAGAAUAGAGCAUCAGCUGCUGCUUCUGAAUCUUCUACAGUAGCCAUAGAAGCUCCAGAGGAACCUGAAACUAUUGAGGAGAUGAUGGAAGAACCUAAAGAUGCCUCAUCUGAUUAUGUAGUUUAUCAGACAGAACCUGAACAAGAGCCUGAGGAUGAGUACGAAUUAAACAAGAAAUUGGGACUCCCUCAUGCCUUUAUCAAUCCAAAAGUGAAGAAGCCAAUAGAGGGGACACUUACAGAUGAAGAAUUAUGGUGGAAUUGGAGAAAGCCAGAGAAGGAACAAUGGUCCAGAUGGCAAAGGAGGAAGCCUGACGUUGAAACGGUUUUCCUCAAAGCUAUGGCCGAAACUGGACAAGUUAAGCUUCAUGGUGAGGAACCAACACUGACCGAGAGUGCUCUUUAUAGAGCUAGAAAGCAUCUUUUUAAAGAGGAAAGACUUCAAGCUGAACAUGAGAGACGGGAAAGAAUAGGUCCUAUUGCAUAUUACUCGGAAUGGGUAAAAGCAUGGAAGAGAGACACUUCACGUAAAGCUAUACAGAAGCAUUUUGAAGAGACUGGUGAAGAUGAAAAUGCCCAACUAAUUGAAAUGUUCAGCCAUCAAACUGAUCGAGAAUAUCGCAUAAUGAUGGGAACAGAUAUUCGAAUUAAAAGAGAUCCUUUAGCAAUGCGAAUGCGAGAGGACCUGAUAAAGCAAAUUUGGGGUGGAGAUCCAGUCUACCCGACAAUCAACUACAUUCAAGAUCCAGAUGAAGUAAUUGAUUAUAGGGGUCCUGAUUUUCAUGAACCUACACCAAAUAUGUUGGAUUUUCUGAAAGAGCAUGGAAAACUUACACCUAGGGAAGAGUUCGAGAAACAAAUGGCCAAAGAGAAGACUGAACAAAUCGAGAUGACUGACACGGAUGAUGCAAUGGCACAAGCUGUCGAUAUUGGUGAAAAUGAUGAUGAAAGCGAUGAUAGUGAUGUUGACGAAGACGAGGAAGAAAAAGAAGAAGACGGGGAGGAUGAGGACGAAGAGGAGGACGAACAAAUUACACGCAAUUGGAGUGUUCUAAAGACUAAUCCGCACCUUCGCAAAUCAAAGCCAAAGCCUAAAAAGGAGGGCAUCAUGACUAUUGAAGAGGCAUUAGAGGACUCAGAAAACUUGACUGAUUUUCUUCUGGAUUUUGAAGAAGGGGAGUGAUUGCUUCAUUAUUUGCAGUUUACAGUAAAUUUUGGCCCACAAGUGUCACAGGCUUUACAGCUAACUAUUAAAGUUGAUUAGAACUAUGAAAGGUUAGAUUAGGGUAGUUCAUGAUUGUACUUACCAAAAUAAGUGGAUUAAAUCUAUUCUUAGUUGCUUAGUGAUAA